UAUAGGGCGCCAGCUCCUUUUAGAACCUUAUACAUCCCGCUUAAACGCUGUACAGGCCUUCAUUUCGAAGGCUUCUGAGUCUCUCAAGAACCCUUUGUAGGCAUCAUGCCUCUUGAUAAAGAAAAGGCCGGAAGGGUCAUCUUUAUUGGCAACAUACCAUAUGGGUUGAGCGAGGAACAAAUCAUUCAUACAUUCAGCACUGUCGGUCAGGUCUUGGGAUUCAGAUUGAUUCAUGACAAAGACACCGGCCAGCCAAAAGGCUUUGGAUUCGCCGAGUUCUCCGACGCGGAUGCCGCCGCUUCGGCCGUUCGCAACCUCAAUGACUACGAAAUAAUGGGUCGCAAGUUGAGGGUGGACUUUUCACGGCCGGAUGGACAGGAUGACGAUGCGGCUCCCGCAGGAUAUACUCCUCAAUUCCCACCAAUCCCCAACGGUGCGAGUCUAUCCGGACCUCCCCCGCCUCCUCCACAGACCGCCAUCCUUCCCCCACUACCGCCUGGAGUAGAUCUCGCACCGAACCUCACUUGCCCUGAUGCUAUUUCGAGAACUCUUUCAACGCUUCCGCCGACUCAGCUACUGGACAUUCUCACUCAGAUGAAGUCACUUGUCAUGGCCGAUCCUACCAAGGCGACGGAGCUACUUAAACAGGCACCCCAGUUGAGCUACGCCAUUUUCCAAGCUCUACUUCUCAUGGGCCUUGUGGAUACGCAAGCACUUGCAUCAGUUGUGGAGCAGCCUCCAGCGCAGCAGUCUACCCCCCAACCUGUUCAAGCUGCUCAGUUCCCGCCCCCACCGCCUGUGCCUCAGUUUCCUGGAGCCCAGCAGUUUCAGCCUUUUCCCCAAAGCUAUUCGCCUUUCCCGCCGGUGUCUGGUCCAGCACAGGUCGCUACUCCGCCCUUGCAAAAUCAGGCGUUUCCGCCACCCCCACCUGCUCUAGCCGCAUUUCCACCUGAGCAGAAGGCUUUGAUACAGCAGGUUUUGUCAAUGACGCCAGAUCAACUCCAGGCAUUGCCUCCUCUUGAACGUGCUCAGAUCAUGCAGCUACGACAACAACUGAUGGGCGUGCCCAGUUGAACUGGGUUUUCUGAGAGCAUAACGGUCAUAGUCAUUUCCUUUCUCGCUUUAUUCUACCAAUGGGGCUCUCCAGGGAUUCUCGAUUAUCCGCGCCUUCCUUCCAUUUUCUUAUCCGGACAUCAGCAUUACUUUAAUUAGGCGUUGUAACGGGGCGCUGGAUUCAUUUAAUCGGUCGUGGUACAUUCAGCAUGCAUUCGAAAAGGGUGAAUUCCGGAAUUUUUGAAGUUCGGGCACAUAAAUGUGAAUAGAUCUCCUAUGAGGUCACGCCAUUGAGCUAUAUCAGUUUUAAAAUGGUUUGGGCAUUUGUCGCCCUCUUUAAGAGUUGCUUUAAACCAAUUUUUAUUUUUAUUUUUAUUUAUUUUUUCAAUGUUUGAGAAACUUUUUGCUUGCGGUAUUUUUAUAUCAGAUGCGC